GGCGGCCGCCGCCAGCGCCGCCGCGGGGACCCGUUAGAGCGGAAGCGCAGCCGCCGCCGCCGCCUUCGCUGUCCCGGGGCCCCAGGUUCCCGGCAGGUGGGAGACGGGAGCCAUGUCGAAGCGGCUCCGGAGCAGUGAGGUGUGCGCUGACUGCAGCGGGCCGGAUCCUUCCUGGGCAUCCGUAAAUAGGGGAACUUUUAUAUGCGAUGAGUGCUGCAGUGUCCAUCGGAGUCUGGGACGCCAUAUCUCUCAAGUGAGGCAUCUUAAACACACACCAUGGCCUCCGACAUUGCUUCAGAUGGUUGAAACCUUGUAUAAUAAUGGUGCUAAUUCUAUAUGGGAGCAUUCGUUACUGGACCCCACCUCUAUUAUGAGUGGAAGACGCAAAGCUAAUCCACAGGACAAAGUACAUCCUAAUAAAGCAGAAUUCAUCAGAGCCAAGUAUCAGAUGUUAGCGUUUGUCCACCGCUUGCCCUGCCGGGAUGACGACAGUGUGACCACCAAAGAUCUCAGUAAGCAACUCCAUUCAAGCGUGAGAACAGGGAAUCUCGAAACCUGUUUGAGGCUGUUAUCUUUAGGCGCACAAGCCAACUUUUUUCACCCUGAGAAAGGAAACACCCCCCUCCACGUGGCCUCCAAAGCAGGGCAGAUUCUACAGGCGGAAUUGUUGGCAGUAUACGGAGCAGACCCGGGCACCCAAGACUCCAGUGGGAAAACUCCUGUCGACUAUGCCAGGCAAGGAGGGCACCACGAGCUGGCAGAGCGCCUUGUAGAAAUUCAGUACGAGUUGACUGACAGACUAGCCUUCUAUCUCUGUGGCAGGAAACCAGAUCACAAAAAUGGACAGCACUUUAUAAUACCUCAAAUGGCAGACAGCAGCCUGGAUUUGUCUGAAUUGGCAAAAGCUGCUAAGAAGAAACUUCAGUCUCUAAGUAAUCAUUUGUUUGAAGAACUUGCCAUGGAUGUGUACGAUGAAGUUGACAGGCGAGAGACUGAUGCAGUCUGGCUCGCCACGCAGAACCACAGCACCCUGGUGACCGAGACAACCGUCGUCCCCUUCCUUCCAGUCAAUCCCGAAUACUCAUCGACACGGAACCAGGGCAGACAGAAACUAGCUCGGUUUAACGCCCAUGAGUUUGCCACUCUGGUUAUCGACAUUCUCAGUGACGCCAAGAGGAGACAGCAAGGCAGCCCUCUCUCUAGUUCAAAAGACAAUGUGGAACUGAUACUGAAAACAAUUAGUAAUCAGCACAGUGUUGAGAGUCAGGACAAUGACCAGCCAGACUACGACAGUGUGGCGUCAGACGAAGACACGGAUCCGGAAGCCACUGCAAGCAAGGCCCACAGGCAAAAGAGCCUAGAUUCAGAUUUAUCAGAUGGACCAGUCACUGUGCAGGAAUUUUUGGAGGUCAAAAACGCUCUAGUGGCUUCUGAGGCCAAGAUACAACAGCUAAUGAAGGUGAAUAACAACUUGAGUGACGAGCUGAGAAUUAUGCAGAAAAAGCUUCAAACACUCCAGAGUGAAAAUUCGAACCUCAGGAAACAGGCCACAACCAAUAUAUAUCAGGUGCAAAGUGGUUCUGAAUACACAGACACUUCCAACCACUCCUCCUUAAAGCGACGUCCGUCUGCCCGGGGCAGUAGGCCCAUGUCCAUGUACGAGACGGGAUCAGGUCAGAAACCCUAUCUCCCAGUGGGAGAAGUGAACCAUCCCGAAGAGAGCAGGACGAGACUCCAGCCUUUCCCAGCGCACAUCGGGAGGAGUGCGUUUGUGACCUCCUCUUCGUCUCUGCCUUCCUUCCCCUCCACACUGUCCUGGUCGAGGGACGAGAGCACCCGAAGGGCAUCCCGGCUGGAGAAGCAGAAUAGCACGCCCGAGAGUGACUACGACAACACUCCCAACGACAGGGGCCUGGAUGACAUGGGGUCAAGCAGGAAAGGAAGGCAGAGGAGCUCGGUGUGGCAGGGUGAUAGCUCAGGCCCAGACACGGCAGAGCCCCAUGCGGCCCCCAGCCCCAUCCUCCCCAGCACCGAAGACGUGAUCCGGAAGACGGAGCAGAUCACCAAAAACAUACAGGAGCUCCUAAGGGCAGCCCAAGAAAAUAAACAUGACAGUUAUAUUCCCUGCUCAGAGAGGAUACAUGUAGCUGUUACAGAAAUGGCAGCGUUAUUCCCCAAAAAACCCAAGUCCGACAUGGUGAGGACCUCCCUCCGCUUACUGACGUCCAGUGCCUACCGACUGCAGUCAGAAUGCAAGAAGACCCUCCCGGGGGACACGGGCCCGCCUACGGACAUCCAGCUGGUCACGCAGCAGGUCAUCCAGUGCGCCUACGACAUCGCCAAGGCCGCCAAGCAGCUGGUCACCAUCACCACCAAAGAGAACAACAAUUGAACGGCAGGGCUGGCCCUUCUGUUUUCUUUUCCAAGUCCGGUUUCCACUUUAGACAUGGAACUCUUGCGAUUUUUGCAGACACAGACAUUUAAUGAAAGUUUAAAACUUUUUAAAAAGAAAACUCAGUAUUAUUUUUGCAUGUUUUCUAACAAAUUUUCAACUAUUAAUUUAACCCACUUGCCUUAUUUUGUGCCUGUUUGCCAGUUUACCUUCUGACAUUCUGUUGUGCUGUCCGUGACCGUUGAGUUAACGAUCAUAGACACCCGAAAGCAGAGCUUCGUUGUUUAAAGUUUGUUAGACCUUCUCCAUCCCUUCAGACUCCUUGCCUGUGGCUAAGACUAUAAGUGAGGUUCUUAGUGAAACAUUCUCUGGAGAGAGUUGUCUAAUCCCUGUCAAGCAUUGUGCAAUAGGCAAGUUUUCCAAGCUCUACUGCAGAACCUCUUUAAGUUCGGGGUAUCUCCAAGCAGGCGUGUAGAGAAAGGACUUUGCCACUUUCUGAAACUAGCGUAAUAGUCUCUCUUGGGGGGAAACAAUGAAGCGAUCUGUUUACUGUCCUGCCACACUCGGUGUUCUCUCAGCUGAUUUUCCUAUCUUGUCUUCAGUCCGUUUCUAUUUUACGGUCACCCUGAAGUCUCCAUAGCGAUAAGCACUCAUCCCCAUGUCCUGUGUGCCUUGGCAACGUUGUCACGCACAGGCGGAGGACCCCCAGUCCCACGAGCCAAAGCUCACCCCAUUCAGACAGCACUGCUGUAAACUGUGACGAGAGAAAUGGUCUCCUCCCCUCACUCCUUUAGCCGCUUAAAGCCUUCUCACACGACCAGCCCCACACGUCUCACCACCUUUAAGGACUUUGGAUAAGGUAAGAUGCGUACAGUCACCGGGAUUCGCUUCUCCUUGGGCGCCUCCUCGCUGGUACUUCAGCAUCAGACAUCACAUUUCAGGAAGUCCCUGCAGAGCGCUCUAGGUGACUGUGCGCGACCCCAAGGCUACAAAAGCCUGCAGGUGUAAGGUCUGGGAUGCCCUGAGGUUGCCUUCUAAGAAGAGCUGGGUCGUUCUGGAAGCUAAAAGUGUAUUCUUUCCUGCUCGUGGCCACUGUUUUGUGUGGGCGUGGCUCAGACCCUGACCUCAACCAGCGUGGCCAGGCGGUAGUGACAAUGAAUGAAUUGAGCCAGGUGCCAGGGACAGCGGGGAGCCCACGGCAUGUCAGUGGGGACAGCAGCUGCCCAGCUCCACUCAGGCUGCCGUGUAAAUAAAACGGGCCUGGAGUUGCCGAAGCUUUUGACUUGUCGGAAGACAUCAGAUAUUUCUGUGCCAUCUCUCCAUCUGUAAACGUCAGUGACUCGUCUAAACGUGUUCACAGCACACGUGUGGGCACGCUGCGACCUUGAGGCUGCUGUCUCCCAGCUCUGCUGUGGAUCGCGAGGCCUGGCUUCCCUGGCCUCCCUGGGUUUAGCCUCUGAGCCUUGUUACCUUUUGCAGGGCUGCCGUACCCUGUGUUAAAGUUCAUGUUGGUCCUUGUUUCACCCAUCUGUUCUGUCCCAUAGUGCUCGUUCACACACAUGGAAAAGUCAAAAUCAUCAGUUGCCCCAAAACAUGCUCGGUAAGCCUGUAUUUUCACAGAACUGUUUGAUUCACAAACAUCUCUGUAACCUGACUGAAUGCUGUUGGAAGGAGGCCGGUGAUGGUGUCUGGUUACUCAGUCACUGUGCUGGGUACGUCCGGCUUUUUGCUCUGCUGAGUAGCAUGGGGAAAGGGUCCAUGUCUCCAAGGCUUGUCUGCACAAACCUAAGUGCCACGCUCUUGUCAGAUGCUGAGGGGCAUCUUCUCGAAGGAGGUCUUCUACCUCCAGUUCAGGCACCGUCUGAGAACCAUCUCUGCACACUGCAUGGAUGGGCUGUCCCUCCUCUUCCUGGCAAGCACCUGCUCUUCUUCCCGGCCAACAUGGGCUCCUUGGGCAAGGCCCGGCACAGUCUUGGGUCGGCGCCCUCGGCCUCCUCCAUCAGGAGGACAGCCUUCUGGAUGAUGAGCUGCCGCAGUUGGUGAAGCAGCAUCUUCACAGGCACACUCAGAACCUGGAGUGGGGGGUGUCAUUUCGUGCCCCUGGAGAAAGUCAAGGAACAUGAGGGCCAGCAAAGCAUGCCCAGCUGUGAGCACACCACAGGAGUUCGCCCUGCAGACCCACAGUGCCAGCACUCGGGGAGGGAAGCUCCCAGUUGGAGUGACAUCCAGCGACAGGGCUGAGGGGGGCCCUUCUCCUCCAGCCCCCUGCGCGUUUCCUUGAGGCUGGGGUCUGAGACCUGCGGGGCCUGUGGACGUUCACACCUCGUCUCAGCAGCCGUUCACCUUUUGCACAUGGGUUCCCAGGCCUUACACUGACGUCUGAGCUCUGUCAUGUCAUCCUCUUCCCCUCGAUUCUCAAAUCCCCGCCCCCUCAGAUGCCCUGAGGAGCUGGGAGGACACAGGUAGGAAAGUGACCGGGAGGCAGCUCUACCUGAGCGCCUCCCGCUGAAGUCCUCUGCCUCGGAACACAAAUAGUUCUUAUUUGCCAAAGAACAACGACUCGGACCCAAAGACUAAACACAGCAUUUCACUGAUGGGAACUGGAAACGCACAACUCAGGAGCUGUCCUCCGACUCCCCCAGCGAUUUCAGCUGCAGAACCCGGCCGAGCCCAGCUCGAGUCUGUCCCCUGCAGCCACCCUGAGCUCCCCACGCAGAGGGUCUUCCUUCUUUCCUUGUCCCAGUUGAAGGUCACCUUGAUUUUCCAGAAGAAAAUGCUGCAUAGGAAAAAUGAAAUGCCUUUUAUCCCAGUGUCUUCUCUCCAUGUCACCCAUGAUUCUGUACUUAUUUUUCCUGUUCAUUGUACAUUCGUAUCCCUGUAAUUAUUGUUCAACCCUGUAAGUGUUGUAAAAUCGUUUUGGAAUUUGUGCCUGCUAGUUAUGCAAUAAACAGGCUCUGUA